AUGAGCAUCGUUACAGUCAAUCAAGUGUAUUCACCCCCCGAACUCCCACAGUACCUCAAAGAUGUGUACGAUCUCAAAGCCAUAGUGGGAAUCCCCACUGACGACGAACUCGUUGGGAUCCAUUCCGUUAUUCAAAUGGCAAGCAAAGCCACUGAGAACGCUAUCGCACUCAGUUCGUGGACUAGGAGACCCGCUACUACUCGUUCGUCUCUCCGAGCACUUAUUCUGCGCGCAAAUGGCCCAUCAACCCGCGUUUCCGUAAUUGUAGCCAGGUAUCGUAGGGCAUACUUAGACGUGGUCCUUCCAGAACAUACGACUUACACUCCUCCUACCCUUCCUGCUCAUAUAAACGUCCACCUUGAGCCUAUCACUGGCAUUCCAUCUGGGGAAGAAGUUGUCAAAGUACAAGAGGCUAUUCGUUUAUAUCAGCAGUUCUCUAAUGUUCCUUCCAUGUUCAACCCGUACGUCAAUGUGGAACUUUCGCAACACUUGUUUGAUAUCCAGAUGGCCAGAUACACGCAACAUGCCAGACAAAAAAAUACUAUGCAAUGCGAAUCCCCAAGCUCAAACACUGCGAAACCAGCCACAAAUUUGGAUGAGGUCUCAAGCUUAACCACAAAUAAUGCCGGAACUGGUGCCGAUAGCACUCAAUCUCUCGAAUCAGUACAGAAAAUACAAGGCUCUAUUAUUCAAUAUGCUAUUGAGAAAUCUAACCAGCUUUCAGAAGAAGCAAAUAAGCUUAUGGAACGGGCUAAUAUCCUCAUUGAAAGGUCCAAUGAGCUAAUGGAACGAUCCAGUAGCAGACCUGCAGAGCAACCGUGCCCAGAUUCUGCGAAAUUUAGUGAGAUUUUUGAGCGAAUGAACGGGCACUUGGAGCAUUCCAAUAACCUCGCGGGAGGAUUAGCCAAGCCAAUAGAGACGAUGGGAGAUACUCUGCAGACUAUCAAUCGGGUGCUGGUACGAAUUCAGCAUGCGAUCGUUCGUAGUCACAAAGAUAAUACAACCAGUGCUUUCGAUUGCUUAGUCAAUGAGAGAGGAGAAGUACCUGCAUUAAGUCCGGUCACGGAUCGCUCGUCAUUCACACAUGCAUCGAAGGAUCUUCCGAUCUCUGUCAAAUCCAUCGACCCGAUUAUAAGCGGAGUUAAUCGGGAAUUCCGUAUCGAGAAUCAGUGGUUGGGUAAAUAUCUUCGGUUCUAUGGCAUAGCCGAGGAAGUUUUUGAGGAUGAUAUAGGGACUCGUUUGAAAGAAGGGCAGGAUCAUAUAGCUAGAGCUAGUUGA